CACUCAUCACCACGCCGUCCCAUCUGACGGCACGACAAGAAUCGCAACAACCCGCCAACCCGCACUACAUCCACCCAUCGUGCCCUCCACCACGAGACACCUUGGCACGUGAUUGUCGGCUGAUUACACAGCGCUCAACCUCUUCCCUUCUUGCCUUCCGCCAGGAUGCAAUAAUCAAGAGAUGACGUUGCCUGCGUUCCACCUCUCAUGAAUUUGGGAAACCCUUUGACCCUCCUCCCCAUCCACAUCCGCGCACGGAGAACCGCCAGCUUUUCGAUUUGAAGCUACCGACUACUCCAAAUCCCCACUGCCAUCCGGCUCGGCCGUCGCCACCCAGCUGUGCUGCUCCUCCGCACCCCGGUGGAGCUUCAUCUGCCACCAUGGAUCCGUUAGACAGUGAUAUGAUCUUGGAUUCGGAUCCAGACGAGAAGCGCCUCACCCCGACCGACGAUCCCGAGCACAUUGCCACCAUCUCUAAUGACGACGUCGACAGCAUGGCCGACGACGUCGAUCCCCCCUCCAAUCCCCCCCUUCCCUCCGCCGAUGACUUCGAGGCCAUGCGAGACCGCUUCUUGCCCGCCUUGCCCGAUUACGAGACCGAGGCUGAGGCGGUCUUCACAUGGGACAUCCAGAACUGGCGCUCGCUGCCGCGGCGGACACAUGGCCCGGUAUUCCACUGCGCCGGCCAUCCCUGGCGCAUCCUCUUCUUCCCCGCCGGCAACGCCGCCACCGACAGCAUCUCCUUCUAUCUCGAGCAUGGAUUUGGAGAAGAGAAGCCGCCGGAAGAGUGGUAUGCGUGUGCGCAGUUCAUGCUCGUCCUCCACAAUCCCAACGACCCUUCUCUCUACAUCCACCAUGAAGCCAAUCAUCGCUUUACCGCAGACGAGGGCGACUGGGGCUUCACCCGCUUCGCCGACAAGAACCGCGUCUUUGCUGCCAAAUUCGAUGGCGCUGAUCGGCCUCUGGUUGAGAAUGAUACCGCCAAGAUGACGGCAUACGUGCGAGUGCUCAAAGAUCCCACCGGUGUGCUCUGGCACAACUUCGUCAACUACGACAGUAAGAAGGAGACGGGCAUGGUCGGCCUCAAAAACCAGGGCGCAACAUGCUACCUCAACUCACUCCUGCAAUCCCUCUACCUCACCGGCGCCUUCCGCAGAGCCGUCUAUCAAAUUCCCACCGCCACUGAACAAGAGCAACACGCCUCCAGCUCGGCGUACAUGCUGCAAAGAUUGUUCUACCAACUCCAAACCAGCCGCUUGGCCGUCUCCACCAACGAGCUCACGCAGUCCUUUGGCUGGGAAAGUCGGCAAAUCUUCGAACAGCAAGACGUACAAGAGCUGUCGCGCAUAUUGAUGGAGAAGCUGGAAUCGAGGAUGAAGGGUACCGCAGCCGAGAAUGCAUUGGCCGACAUGUUUGUGGGAAAGAUGAAGACCUAUCUCCGAUGCAUCAACGUGGAGUACGAGAGCAGUCGCAUCGAAGACUUCUGGGACCUUCAGCUCAACGUUGCGGGCUGCAAUAGCUUGGACGACAGUUUCAAGGAUUACAUUCAAGUUGAAACUCUGGAGGGCGAUAACAAAUACGCGGCAGAAGGAUACGGACUACAAGACGCAAAGAAAGGAGUCAUCUUCGAAAGCUUCCCCGAUGUUCUGCACUUGCAGCUCAAGCGCUUCGAGUACGACUUUCAGCGAGACGCCAUGAUGAAGGUCAAUGAUCGCUAUGAGUUUCCCGAAGUCUGGGAUGCUUCGCCGUAUCUAGACGACACUGCCGACAAGUCCGAGCCGUACCGAUACCAUCUCCAUGGUGUGCUGGUUCACUCUGGAGACCUGAACGCCGGCCAUUACUAUGCCUUUUUGCGUCCCGAGCAGAAUGGGGAUUUCUACAGGUAUGAUGACGAUCGCGUUACACGGGCAACAAACCGAGAAGCGAUCGACGACAAUUUCGGCGGUGACUACGCGCCGAACGGCGUCAACGGCGGGCUCAAGGGGCAGAACCCGUACACCCGGCAGUGGUCUACGAAACGAUCUAACAACGCAUACAUGCUGGUGUACAUCCGCGAAACGCGGCUGAGCAAAGUCCUUCCAGACGCGGCUGCAGUCGAGCCGCCGGAACAUCUACCCCAAAGGCUUGCCGAAGAGCGUGCGGCGCUAGAGAAACGGAGGAAGGAGCGGGAGGAGGCGCAUCUAUACAUGAACGUGCAGGUGGCGACUGAAGCGAACUUCAAGGCCUACCGUGGCACGGACCUGAUUCCAUGGAACUCGCCUGCCGACGAAGACGCGGAUCCUGCAAUGCCCAAGAUCUACCGGCUUCUCAAGAGCAUGACCAUUGCCGAUUUCACCGCCUUCGUCGCGCAGCAGCAUGAUGCCGAUGUCCAGCUCAUCCGGCCUUGGGUGAUGGUGAACCGGCAGAACGGGACAGUACGACCGGAUCACCCGCUGAUGUGGCCGGACAUGACGCUACAAGAAGCCGCCGACAAGUUCAGCACACGCAAUUCUGGCUUCCGUGUCUUCAUGGAGGAGACUCAUCGCGACGCGAGCGGAGAGCCAGUCUGGCAGAGCAACGAGCUUUCCGUCCCUUCGUCCCCCACCAUCAAUGGAAAUGUCCCGGCGCAGCACAAACCCAUCAUCAUCUUCCUCAAGCACUUUGAUGUUGAUCGACAACAGCUACAAGGCGUCGGUCAUAUCUACAUGAGUCCACUCGACAAGGCGCAAGAUCUGGCGGGACCAAUAUUGGACACCAUGCGUUGGGAGGCCGGCACGGAACUCCAGCUCUAUGAAGAGAUUAAGCAGAACUACAUUGAGCCGAUGAAGCCGAGGAACACUCUCAUGGCGUCCGAGAUUCAGGACGGCGACAUUGUCUGCUUCCAACGACAUCUGAGCGAACCCGAAGCCGCAGCGAUCCGGGAGAAGUCCCAAUCGGUGUCGUUGACAGCUCCACAGUACUACGAUUUCCUGGUGAACCGCAUAUUCGUUACUUUCAGUCCAAAGGUCGCCCCGCCAGAGACGGUCAAGUUUCGAGCAGGAGCGGACGACGUCUUCCGGAUUCCGUUGUCGAAAAAGGACAACUAUGAUGCACUGUCGCUGAAGGUCGCCGAAUACUUGUCAAGCAUAUGCUCUCCGCCUAUCGACCCCGCCCAUCUGCGAUUCACCACCGUGAACGCCCAGAGUGGGAAGGCGAGAACCGUUGUGAAGAGACAGCAGGGUACCACGAUGGCCAACAUACUGCUCGGCACUGGGGGAUACGGUGGCUAUGGCUACGCACCAACCCAGGCUACGGAUCAGUUAUUCUACGAGAUCCUCGAGAUGAGCCUAGCAGACCUCGAACUCCGCAAACAGAUCCGAGUCACCCUUCUCAGCGAUGGCAUCUCCAAGGAGGAGCAAUAUGAGUUGCUGAUACCCAAGCAAGCGCAAUUCUCCGAAGUCCUGUCAAUGCUUCAAAAGCGUGCAUCCCUUCCGCCGGAAACUGUGGAUCAGAUGCGCUUCUACGAGGUGCACAGCAACAAAGUGUACAAGAUCUUGCCGCUCACACAUUCCGUCGUGGCCAUGAACGAGUACAUGCAAGUCUACGCCGAGCGCAUACCCGAGGAAGAACAGGAGCUUGAUAAAGAGCGGGGCGAUCGACUGGUGAAUUGCCUGCACUUCGAGAAGGAACCCUCGAAAACCCACGGGGUACCUUUUGUUUUCCUGGUGAAGGGCGAUGAAGUCUUCAAAGACACCAAAGAGCGCUUGUCGAAGCGGACUGGCAUCAAAGGGAAGCAAUUUGAGAAGAUACGGUUUGCGAUUGUCAAGGGUGGACAGAAUUACAGUCGACCGUUGUGGCUGGAAGAUGAUGCCAUUCUUUCGCAGACCCUUGGACCCGACGAUCACAUUGGCCUUGAGCAUCCGAACCGCAACAGGAACAACUACCUUAGAUACGAGAGCUUGAAUAUACGAUAAUGCAUGGAGGACGUUGGGCUUCCUGUGAGGCGACUAAGCCCUUGGGAAUCCUCGUCGUGGAAGGAUGGAGUUAGAGAAAACUUGUGCGGCGUGCAACGAUUCAUUAGACGGCAAGGCUACGUGUGAACGGGGCGUUUGUGAGUACGAGUUGAGGUAGCAUAGCCAUGGGGAAUUCUAUCAGCUUUCUAUCCCAGCCGCUC